AUGUUUCCCAUGGACGGUGCGCGGCUACAGGUGAAGAAAGAGGCUGACGAGUGUUCUAUUGAGAUGCCAGCUUGCUCCAGAGGUGCGGCCAGAGAACCUUAUGUCCAGUUACCCGGACUUUUCCGAUUCCCGGCGCUGGGAUACAGCAGCGGGGGCACGCGAGCCGAGUCUGGAUGUGAACAAAGAUGGCGGCGCGCGUCCGCCAUUGCAACAGGCUCAAUGACUCUGAAAUUCUCGGGCAGUGGGAAUCUGGAGGCGUAUCUGGCCCAGUUUGAACUAUUGGCUGCGGCAGCGGGCUGGUCGGGCCAGAUGAAGGCAGUGCAAUUGGCUUUAUCCCUGACUGAAGAGGCGGCUGCCUGUUUGUUGCUUCUGUCUCCAGAUGAGAGACAGGACUAUGCUAUGCUGGUGGGAGCUCUGCAGAGGCGUUUCGGAGUGCUCAAUUUAAAAGACUCCCUGCGCUGUGAGUUCAAGAACCGAGUGAGGCGGCCGGGUGAGUCCCUUCGCUCUCUGGCGCAUGAGAUUGAGAGCCUGGGCAGACGUGCAUAUUCAACUUUGCCAAGUGUGAUCCAGAGUGAGCUUGUGCGUGACCAGUUUGUGCAUGCCCUGACCCCAGUUGAGCUGCAGUUACACGUUCAGCUUAUCCAUCCGGUGUUGCUGAGCCAGGCGCUGGAGUUAGCUCUGGAGAGAGAGACUGCCUUUGGUGCCUCAAAGUGUACUGAACUCAUGGUCACUGCUGCAACUAAGGUGGAGCCAGAGUAUAAACCCGCUUGGGCGGAGGAGCUGAUCCAUGCUGUGAAGAACCUCGCUGUGAGACCGAGAGGUGCAGACACGCAGUCCCCAUCGAACCUUCCACCCUCCUGCUGGGGGUGUGGCAAGCCCGGCCACACUCUCCGUCGCUGCCCGGAGGCAAAAGGUCCACCACCUGCGCCUGUAACUCCCCUGCAUGACUCGUGCCCUGCUCGUCCCCUGUCGUGUGAACCUCAAGACAGAGCUGAAGCUGUCAGUUUAAUCUGGGAGAAGAGCUGUGGGGGCUUGGAUGAGCAGCAGAAAGCAGAACUGUGGCAGGUCCUGUGGGAAUUUAAUGACUUAUUCGCACUAAAUGACAAUGAGGUGGGGCUCACACAUCUAGUUGAGCACCACAUCGAAACAGGGGAUGCACAGCCUAUCAAGGAGUGCCUGGUGUAUCUGGAUGAUGUCCUGGUCCAUGGAAAGCCUUUCCGAGCGGCCCUAGACUCUCUGCGGUUGGUGCUUGGUAGGAUUGCGACAGCCGGAUUAAAGCUUCACCCGGAUAAGUGCCACUUCAUGCGGAGGGAGGUGGAGUUUCUGGGCCACAAAGUCGAUGAGGGCCAGGUGGCGCGCUGGCUGGAGGAGCUGCAGUUGUUUCACUUCGAGAUUGUGCAUCGCCCUGGAACACAACAUGCUAAUGCUGACGCCCUGUCUCGGCGUCCGUGUGCAUCAACCGGGUGUGGCUACUGUGACCGGAGAGAUGCCAGAGAGGAGGAACUGCGAGGGGAGGCUGCCGUGGCUGAGCCCGCUUGCUGCUCUGUAGAGGUAGAGGGUAGUCCUGAUUGGGCCUCUGAACAAGAAAAGGACAGUGACUUGCGCCCAGUGCGCCAGUGGGUAAUUAGGGGGAGUACUACAGCGGGGAUGGAAGGAACCAGCGACUGGGAGGAGAGGUGGCAAAUUGUGGUGCCCAAGGCCCUGAGAGAUGGUGUGCUGGGGGCAUGUCAUGGGGGGGCUGGCUCGGGUCAUUUUGGGACAACUAAGACACUGUAUCGCUUGCGUCAGGAAUAUUAUUGGGGCCAGCACCGUCGUGAUGUCGAGGACUUUUGUCGUCGGUGUGAUGAGUGUGCUGCCUACAAGGGGCCUCAGGACCAGUCCCAUGCCCCCCUGCAGCAACAAGCAGUUGGUGCGCCAAUGGAGAGGGUAGCUGUAGACAUUAUGGGCCCUUUCCCAGUCUCAGAUCAGGGAAAUAAAUAUGUGAUGUGUGCAAUGGACUAUUUCACAAAGUGGCCCGAGGCCUAUGCCCUGCCAGACCAGGAAGCAGAGACAGUGGCAGAUACACUGCUGGAGGGCAUGUUCAGCCGUUUUGGUACCCCAGACAUCAUUCAUAGUGACCAGGGCAGAAAUUUUGAGUCACGUGUCUUUGCAGCCCUCUGUGACAGGCUGAACUUGCAGAAAACCCGUACCACACCAUUGCAUCCACAGAGCGACGGCUUAGUGGAGCGUUUCAACCGCACUAUGCAGCAGCAAUUGGCAAUCCUCACUGCAGCUCACCAGCGUGACUGGGAUAAACACAUUCCCCUGGUUCUGAUGGCCUAUCGAUCUGCUGUCCAGAACUCCACUAACUGUACCCCGGCUCUGUUGAUGCUGGGCAGAGAGAUAAGGACUCCGGCAGCUUUGGCUUAUGGACGUCCCCCAGGGGAUCUGGAGGACGUGCCGGGACCAGAGUAUGCCAGAAAACUACAAGAUAGAAUGGAGUCGGCUCAUGCUUUUGCUCGAGACCAGUUGGAAAAAGCUGGUAUGAGACAGAAAAGGAACUAUGAUGUAAGAAGUAAAGAGCAGGUGGGGGAGGUGGUCUACAGAGUACAGGUUCCCCCUCGAGGCAGGAAGGUAGUUCUUCACCGGGACAGGCUCGCACCAUACAGGGCCACCAGCUGUGGCAGGAACUAUCUGUGGGUCCAGUCCCGUCAGAACACGGAGAAUCCGGCAUAG